AUGGCGACCGGCAACGUGAAGGUGAAGACCGGGACGCGGCCGCCGUGGGUGGGGCUGGCGGCGGCGGUGUGGGUGCAGAUGGCGGCGGGCAACGCGUACACGUUCCCGCUCUACUCGCCGGCGCUCAAGUCGGUGCUCGGCUACGACCAGCGGCAGCUCGCCAUGCUCGGAGUCGCCAACGACGUCGGCGAGAACUUCGGCGUCGUCGCUGGCGUGCUCUGCAACAGCCUCCCGCCCUGGCUCGUGCUGCUCGACGGUGCCGCGUUCUGCUUCGUCGGCUUCGGCACGCUCUGGCUCGCCGUCAGCGAGACCGUGAUCGGCAUGCCACGCGGGGUCGUCGCCGGCCUCCUCAAGGGCUACGUCGGCCUAAGCGCGGCGCUCUUCACCCAGAUCUUCUCCGGCGUGCUCCACCGCUCGCCCACGGCGCUCCUCCUCCUCCUCGCCGUCGGCCUCCCCGUGGUGUGCCUCUCCACCAUGUACUACGCCAGGCCGUGCACCCCGGCGCUCGGCGCCGGCGGCGAUGAGGACGCCGCCUUGCGGCGAGCGUACCUCGUCGGGACGACGGUCCUGGGCAGCGCCGUCGAGCUCUCCGACGCCACCAGCUACGCGUUCUUCGGCGUCACCGUGCUGCUGCUCCUGGCGCUCCUCGCGAUUCCAGUGAAGAUGACACUGUUCAAGAAAAAGAAGCAGCCAGCAGCUUCGAGCGCCGAGCCACCGGCGUCGCCCGAGGAGGAGCCAUUUCUGAUCCCAUCGGACGCGCCGCCGGCCGACGGCGACUCUGAAAAGCUGGCCGUCCUGCUGGCGGAAGGGGAGGGUGCCGUGCUCUUGCGCAUAUCACCAACAACGACCGUCUUGCUGUCCCUAUUCGGGCUCGGCAACUUCCUCGGCCGGCUCGGCGGCGGCGGCAUCUCGGAGAAGUUCGUGCGGUCGACGCUGCUGGUUCCCCGGCCCAUCUGGAUGUCGCUGACGCAGGCCGUCCUCGCCGUCGUCUACCUCUGUCUGGCCUACACCCUCGCCCCCGGCGCCGUCUAUGCCUGCGUCACCGCCAUCGACGUCUGCUACGGCGUGCAGUUCGCCGUGAUGAUCCCAACGACGUCGGAGCUGUUUGGGCUCAAGAACUUCGGCCUCUUCUACAACCUCAUGACCGUGGCGAACCCGCUGGCGGCGGUGCUCUUCUCCGAGGAGCUCGUGGGGCGGCUCUACGACGGAGAGGCCGCGAGGCAGCGGCACGGCGGGCACCCGCACGCCUGCCUUGGCGCGGAGUGCUUCAGGGUGUCGUUCGUGGUGCUGGCCGGGUGCUGUGCGCUGGGGACGGCGGUGAGCUUGGUGCUGGCGGCGAGGAUACGCCCGGUGUACCGGGCGCUGUACGCCGGCGGGUCGUUCAGGCUGCCGAAUAGCUCCCAGCAGCACUGA